AUGGCUCCAGCACUCUGCGUCAACUGCCAAAAUGCGCGGGCGCUCAUCAUCAGACCGAAAAACCGCCACAAAAUGUGCAAGGCCUGCUUUCUAGAGGUUUUCGAGCGCGAAAUCCACGAGACCAUCACCUCCACCUCACUCUUCCACCCCGGCGAGCGUGUCGCCAUCGGCGCCAGCGGAGGUAAAGACAGCACCGUGCUUGCAUCGGUCCUGAAAACCCUUAACGAACGAUAUAACUACGGCCUCGAUCUGGUGCUCCUGUCCAUCGAUGAAGGUAUCAAGGGAUACCGCGAUGAUAGCCUGGAAACCGUGAAACGGAACGCGGUGCAAUACGAUAUGCCCCUUGAGAUCGUCAGCUACGGCGAUCUGUACGGUUGGACGAUGGACCAGGUCGUUGCACAGAUCGGAAAGAAGGGGAACUGUACGUACUGCGGGGUGUUUCGGCGACAGGCGCUUGACCGGGGCGCCGCGAGGCUGGGGAUCAAACACGUUAUCACGGGUCAUAAUGCGGAUGACGUUGCGGAGACAGUGAUGAUGAAUCUUCUGAGAGGGGAUUUGCCUCGUCUUUCGAGGGGCACCAGCAUCGUUACAGACUCUGCGGCGUCGGAUAUUAAAAGGAGUAAACCGCUCAAAUAUGCCUACGAGAAGGAGAUUGUUCUCUACGCUCAUCAUAAGAAGCUGGAUUACUUUAGUACCGAGUGCAUUUACUCCCCAGAGGCCUUUCGGGGGAGUGCGCGUACCCUCAUCAAAGAUUUGGAGAAAAUCCGGCCGAGCUCUAUCCUCGAUAUUGUUAGGAGUGGGGAAGAUCUGGCUGCGCUAGUACCCAAGGAAAUCAGCUUGAGUGGGAAGCGGGUUUCACCGGCAGCGGUGGAAGAAGAUUCGACUGCGAGCUGUGGAAGCCAGAAUGGUCGUUCCAGUGGCGGGGAAAUGGCAGAGAUGGAAAAGAAACUGGCGGAGGAUGAAGCGGCUAGGUUCCUAGAGACUGAGAUAAAGGUCCGACCUACUCUCUCACAGGAGUCGUCCUCUGUAGAAGCUGUGCCGCUCAAGAAGGCGGCGUACAAGGGGAGGCAGCCUAAGCAGUUGAAAGUGCAGACCAUGCGCAAGUGCGAGCGAUGUGGUUACAUUUCGAGCCAGAAGAUCUGCAAAGCCUGUGCACUCCUGGAAGGUCUGAAUAAGAAUAGACCCAGGACUGCUAUCGAAGUGGGAAUUGGUGCUGAGGAUGAAGAGAGCAGCACGACGUUGAUGAGGCAGAUGGAACAUGUCCAAUUGACAACUUCAUAG